AUGAAAGCCCCCCCCCAAAAAAAAAAUAACAAAAGAAACAAAACAAUUAUUUCAAACAACAAAACCAUAGAUACGUGGGCCAGUCACAACAGUGGGCCCAGACACAACAGUGGGCCAGACACAACAGUGGGCCCAGACACAACAGUGGGCCCAGACACAACAGUGGGCCCAGUCACAACAGUGGGCCCAGUCACAACAGUGGGCCCAGUCACAACAGUGGGCCCAGACACAACAGUGGGCCCAGUCACAACAGUGGGCCCAGUCACAACAGUGGGCCCAGACACAACAGUGGACCAAACACAACAGUGGGUCCAGUCACAACAGUGGGCCCAGUCACAACAGUGGGCCCAGUCACAACAGUGGGCCCAGUCACAACAGUGGGCCCAGUCACAACAGUGGGCCCAGACACAACAGUGGGCCCAGUCACAACAGUGGGCCCAGUCACAACAGUGGGCCCAGACACAACAGUGGGCCCAGACACAACAGUGGGCCCAGACACAACAGUGGGCCAGACACAACAGUGGGCCCAGACACAACAGUGGGCCCAGACACAACAGUGGGCCCAGACACAACAGUGGGCCCAGACACAACAGUGGACCAAACACAACAGUGGUCCAGUCACAACAGUGGGCCCAGUCACAACAGUGGGCCCAGUCACAACAGUGGGCCCAGUCACAACAGUGGACCAAACACAACAGUGGGCCCAGACACAACAGUGGGCCCAGUCACAACAGUGGGCCCAGACACAACAGUGGACCAAACACAACAGUGGACCAAACACAACAGUGGGUCCAGUCACAACAGUGGACCAACACAACAGUGGGCCCAGACACAACAGUGGGCCCAGACACAACAGUGGGCCCAGACACAACAGUGGGCCCAGACACAACAGUGGACCAAACACAACAGUGGGUCCAGUCACAACAGUGGGCCCAGUCACAACAGUGGGCCCAGUCACAACAGUGGACCAAACACAACAGUGGGCCCAGACACAACAGUGGGCCCAGACACAACAGUGGGCCCAGUCACAACAGUGGGCCCAGACACAACAGUGGACCAAACACAACAGUGGACCAAACACAACAGUGGGUCCAGUCACAACAGUGGGCCCAGUCACAACAGUGGACCAAACACAACAGUGGGCCCAGACACAACAGUGGGCCCAGUCACAACAGUGGCCCAGACACAACAGUGGGCCCAGACACAACAGUGGGCCCAGACACAACAGUGGGCCCAGUUACAACAGUGGGCCCAGACACAACAAUGACCCCAGACACAACACCCAACCAGACACAACAAUGA